CGCGAGGCAGCUCAGACCGCGACUCUUGACUUCUUCGCUCCCGGCCACAAGAAAGUCGUGGGUAGGCAUUACACAACACCAGCUGAAUCAGCAGGGGCAGCCUUGGCGCUCGCGAUUCUGCAUCGACGUUUUGUGACUGUCCUAAUCAAGACUCUACUCACCGCAGGCUCUCAACUAAGCCAAACCGUUUGCAUUCAGGUUGACGCGUCGACGUAGGAGCUCGUCUCCAAGCUUGAGCGCAAGCUUAUCUCACGCACUCGGACUGACGUUUCAGGACGACGAUGGCUAAGACUAGAGGGCAUGUUGGGGCUGGCGGAGGAAGGGGCCGAGGAGGUGGCGGUAGAGGCAGGGGAGGGUAUGGAGGGGGACGGGGACGCAGAGAUGAUAAUGCCGGCACGAGCCAUGGAGGCCGCGGUGGUAAGGACAGGAAUCAAUCUGGACCCAUCAAGAUGAAGAACACCAAUUUCGAGGCGUACUACCUCGACCAAGGCAUUCUGCCACCUUCCGAAUGGCCAGCUUUCCUCCAAACCCUCCGCUCCCCGCUGCCCACCACCUUUCGCAUCACGAUGGGCAAAGCAACGACAUCGGUCAUCUCCCAUCAGAUGCAGAAUGAAUUCUUGCCCUUUUUGCAAGGCAUCGAGUGGGAAGGGGAACCUGUUCAGGCUCCCAGACGAUUGGAUUGGUACCCGGAUGGACUGGCCUGGCAAAUCGACGUCAAGAAGAACGUGCUCAGGAAGAAUGACCAGUUCAAGAAGCUUCAGGGAUUCUUGGUUCACGAGACUGCUGUGGGGUCCAUCUCACGUCAAGAAGCAGUUUCGAUGGUGCCUCCGCUGUUUCUGGAUGUGCAACCUCAUCACGUAGUACUGGACAUGUGCGCAGCUCCGGGAAGCAAGACGGCUCAGAUCAUCGAAGCUCUGCACAGUCCUACAAACACUGGAAGCACAGAGUACAACUCCUUUCCACCAGGUAUCAUCGUAGCCAACGAUAGCGAUAUCAAGAGAGCUUACAUGCUGGUGCAUCAGAGCUCCAGAUUGCCCUCUGCCAACCUCCUCGUCACGAAUCACGACGCUUCUCUGUUACCCUUCGUCGAAGUCCCGUGGAGGUCCAAGCAUGCGGAUACGAGCGGCUCUGCUGGCAACAUUACUAAGAUGCUCAAGUUUGACAGGGUUCUGGCGGAUGUGCCUUGCUCGGGCGAUGGUACGCUGCGCAAAAACAUUGGCAUAUGGAAGGAUUGGCAACCCAACAAUGCGAUGGGUCUUCAUGCUCUUCAAUUGCGCAUUCUUUUACGAGGUCUUCAAGGUCUGCGUCCUGGUGGACGUCUUGUCUACUCGACUUGCAGCAUGAACCCCGUGGAAAAUGAAGCGGUUGUAUCGGCAGCAUUGAGAGAGUACGGGGCUGAUCCCUUCAGUGGCAAACCAGGUCGCCUGCACAUCGUCGACACUUCUGGCUAUCUCCCUAAUCUCAAGCGCACAAAAGGCUUGACUACGUGGCGCGUGUGUCCUGGGUUGGGCAAGCAUCUUCGCCAGAAGGCUACGCCGAACGUCGAGCCGGAGGACGACAAAGGCACGGUUGAGACAGCUACUGCUUCUGAAAGUCAGGACCAGGCAACAGAAGGGCAGGAGCAAGCAAUGCAAGUCGACCAGGCCGCAGAUGGAGUGAUUCCGGCGUCCGACGUCGAGCAGCAGCCUAACGCGGCUCAAGCCGAGCCCAAAGCGGAGGAUCAGCAAGGCUGGCCAGACUUUGGAAGUAAAAAGUACCGAAAGACCUUGCCAGACGUUAGCUGGGUCGGCUCGUAUGCAGAAUUGCACCAUUCCGACCCGUCUCUUGCGGCCCGAACACCCUACACGCUCUGGCCUUGUGGAGUGGAGAAGGAUCUGGGCUUGGAAAAGUGCAUGAGGUUCUAUCCUCACUAUCAGAACACCGGCGGAUUUUUCGUCGCUGUCUUGGAAAUGGCACACACUGGCACUGAUCAAGAUGAGGAAGUGGCAUUGGGAAUGAAGCGCGCUAUGGAUGUGCUUGAUGCUGAAGCUCCAGUGCCUGUACCGAGCGCCAGCGCUACCGAUGCUCAGGAGUACAACGAAGCUGGACGAAGCGCCGAAGCUGCAGGAAGCACAAGCGGUGCAAGCAAGCGAAGCGCUUCGCCAAUCGCUGAACAGCCUGACGCGAAGAAGGCCAGAUCGAGUGCGACUGACGUUCAGGAGACGCAAGAAGACAUCGACAACGCUCCGCCCGCUGAUCCCAAUGCGCAUAUCAAACCGGACAAUCACGCCGCUGCUCGUGCCAAUAAAGGCAAGAAGCACGACCACGAUUCGGGAUUCGGCAAGCCUGGAGGCACACCUUUCAAGGAAGACCCCUACACCUACGUACAUCCAGACCAUCCUCAAAUCGCUGCUAUUUUCAGCCAAUUUGGUUUCAGCGACGCACUCUCGCCCAGAAACUUUCUUGUCCGCAACACUGCAGGCGAGCCGCUCAGAUCAAUGUACACUACCAGCACCAGCGUCCGAGCUGUCAUCAAUGGAGGCGGUCCAGGUAGAGAUGGCUUUAACUUUCUUAACCCUCUCAAGCUGCGCGUUCUCAGCACGGGAAUCAAAACGAUCGGCCGGCAAGAGGCUGGCAAAGACCCGAAUUUGGUCUGCAAGUGGAGAGUCCUGAACGACGGGGCGUCGGUGCUCAGACCAUUUUCAGCCCCGGAAAAGGUGGCUCAUGGGCAGGCAUCCGAACUGGCCUUCAUGCUGGCAAACCAUUACCCUACCAUCACUUCUUUGCCCGACAGCCCAUUCUUCCAAGAUCUCAAGCAGAGAAAGCUGGGAAGCUUCUUUGCGGACUUUGCGCCGAGCGAACACGAGGGAGGAAAGAUCGAGACUGUGCUUUCCUACCCCAUCUGGCGUGCACCUGCUAGUGUCAACUUGAUGUUGGACAAGCAAGAAAGAAGCGCCCUAUCGCAUCGCAUUUUCGGUCGUGAUCUGAGCAGCGCGUCUGGGGAUCGUCAUUUUCACCCGGACAAGGCAGUAAAGGCGAGAGAGAAAGCAAAAGAGGCUAGAAGAGCUGCCUUUAGGGACAUGAACGACGUAGAUGCGUUGGCGAAUGCGAGACCCGCAGAUCAGGACGCUGCUGGCGAUGAAGCUGCCGAGAGCGCUUCCCUCCCUACAAACGGAGAGCAUGCCGAUAAUACCGACGGUGCGGCACAAACCACCGAAGCUGAUGAGGAGCAAGAGCAUCAAGCUGCGAUGGAAGCUACAGCGCUCGAAGUCGAAGAAGAGGGCCAGCGAUUGCCCGUCGAAUGAAAUAAUCGACCCGCCAUUUUGGGCCCGAUCACCUUCUCCAUCUCCUCAGCGUCAAGCUGACGCUUCGGCCUUGCCAUUCUCGUGGUGUACUCCAAGUCCCUAGACCGCCAAGUCAGACCGAAGAUAAUUAUAUGAU